AGAUGAUUGCCUGUGUUUGCACGAGAAAAACGUGUUGGUGAUUACUAAUAAAUAGACAAAUAUUCUAUAAAAAAAAAAAAGAAGAAAAUAAUUUCCAAUAAGUAGUAAUUAACACAAAAACAAUUGCAGUGACAUAGUGUCAAUAAAAUAAAAAAGAUAAUGCAAUAAUUAAUUGUGUAAAAUAAUCAAUGAAAAAACAAAAGUGAAACAAAAAAAAUACCAGCAAGAAUACAUAAAGGAAAAAAAAAAAUGGCUGAUAUUGAAAAUCCAGCGGUGUUUACAAAUGUUAUUGAAAGUUAUGAUAGAUCAGAUUUACUUCAACAAGCAUUUCAAAAUGUCGUUGAUAAUGAUACUGAUGAUAAUGAAUUUGUAUCGUAUCUUCAAGAUGACGAUGAUUCAGGUCAAGAACAACCUCUUUUAACUCAAGAACAGGCAUCUGAAUUGAGGUUAACAUUUGAACCAAAUAAUGGAUUAUUAGAUGAUGACAAUAAUUUAUUAUAUGAUGAAAAUGUAACACCUGAAGAUGUAGAAAGGAUAAUGAGCCAAAAUUUUAAUAUUCAAAUAAAACAACCUCCACCUCCACCUCCACCUCAACCUCAACAAUUAAAUGAUAUACCAUUUGAUAAUACUGAUGAACAAUGGCUUGAUGACAACGAUGAUAAUUGCAAUAUUAUUGAAUCUCUUGAUGAAUCAUAUAAUGUUGAAUCACUUGACAUGCAACCAGAUGAUAUCAUUGAAAAUUACGAUAAUAUAUCAACUGAUAAUGAUUAUCAAUCGUUGUAUAAUAGUCAAGAUGAAAAUUUAUCAAAUAAUUAUAACGUUGAUGAUUAUAUUUAUGAAACAUAUCCAUCAGAUAUUGAACAAAAUAUUACACAAGAAUCAGCACCACAAAUACAACAAGCAACAACAACGACAACAACACCAGCAACAAUACCAUCGACAUACAUGAUCAAGCCAAUUGAUACAUUAUUAAAAAAUACUAAAAAUAUAAAACCAACAUUAAAUGGCAAUACAGUUAAUAGCACUCCAACAACAGUUGUCAAUCAAAAUUUAUUAUUACUGCCAAAUAAUACAGUUUACAAUGGUCUAAAUACACAAAUCAUCAGAAGUGUAACACCACAAAUAAUUAAUGGUAAUUCAUUUAAUAAUCGUACAAUUAAUACAACAAGUUUAUUGUCAUCUUCUUCAUCAUCAACAUCAUCAACAAGUACCAUUACAAAUGGCACAAUUAAAACAGUAAAUAAUCAACAAUUUCGUACUGCUAAAAAUGUUAAAACACCUGGUAUAUUGGAUAAUAAUCAACAGUAUAUAAUAACAUCAAAUGGAAAAACAACAAAUAAUUUAUAUUCAAAUUUUAAAAUUCAAAAUUUAAAUAGUAAUAAUAAUAAUGGUAACAAUAAUUUAUUAUCAGCGACAUUUCUUAAAACAAUACCAGUUGUACAUAAUUCAUCACCAUUGAUUAAAAAUGUACCACCAUUACAAUCAUCAUCAUCAGCAUUGUUAGCAUCUUCAUCAUCAAGAUUUAUGUCAUUACAAAAUAAUGAUGCUAAAUCACGUUUUAAAAAUCAAAAUUAUAAUAAAACAAUUGCAACAAGUAUUGGUACAACAAUUAGAACAACAAAUCAAAUGAAUUCAACACCAGUAUCAAUAUUAAAACCACAAAAAUUUACAACAACAAAUAAACAAAUAAUAAAUAAAAAUUUUAAUUCAACAUCGAUGAUUAAUAAUGAAAGCUCGGCAAAAAAAAUAAGCUGUUAUGAUAAAAAUAAUGAUGAUGUUCCAGUUAGUAAAGUAAUUAAAAAAACAAAAUUAUGUGGUUCAAUAAGUUCAGUUGUUAAUGGAGCUGCUGAUAGUACAAAACCACUUGGAUCAAGUGAAAAUCCAAUACAAAUUGUACAACAAGGACAAUCAUAUCAUAGUAUGCAAAAAUUAUCACAAUCACAAUUAAAACAAAUUGCUCAUGUUUUACAACAGAGAAGUCUUGAAUCAUCAACACCAAAUGAAAAAGUUGUUUACAGAGUUGUUUUUCCUGAAGAAUUAGACUUGAGAAUUAGAAAUCCAAGUAAUGUAAUUAAAGGACGUGGUAAUGGUAAACGUGGAAGACCAAAAAAAAUACCUGAUAACAUUGUAGUAACACCACCAAAACCUGUACCAGUUCCAACACCAGUAGCAACAGUUGUAACACCAGCACCAACACAAAUUGAAGAAGAAAUUGAUGAUUCAAAGUUACAGGAUGAUAGAAAAAAGAUAGUAGCACGUACAAGAUCUGGAAGAUUAUCAAGACCACCACGACACAUGGUACGUGAUUAUAAACAUCUGCAUCAUCUUGAUUUUUCACAACCUGAUACUGAUGAUUCAGAUGGUGGUUACAGUGAUUAUAAUACAAAUAAUGAUGAACAAGAUAUUGAAACAACAACAAUUAAUAAAGAUUUAUUAGCUGGUUUAGAAUUGCCAAAACGUAAAAUAUCUGAUCAUUUUCGUUGUCCAACAUGUAAUAAAACAUAUCUUGGACGUGUUAGAAUGUCAAAACAUUUUGAAAUACAUCCAGAUCAUGGUAGUCUUGAUAAAUUACCACAAAAAAAUAUAACAAUGCCAGCAGUAAAAAUAACAACACAAUCAACAAUACCAUCAUCAACAACAAGUAAUAUACAAAAAAAUAUAAAUACAUUAAAUUGUGAUCAAUAUAAAAGAAAAGGUAAAAGACGUGGUCCAUGGGCAUAUGCAACACCAGAAGCAAAAUCAGAAAGACGUCAAAAAAAAUUGCAAGAAGCAAUAUCUGUUUGUGAUAAUACAGAAAUAAUAAAUAAUGCAGCAAUACCAGUAUUAAAUGCAAAAUCAUUAUUUGAUUUGAUUAAAAUUAAAACAAAUAAUAACAUUCGUAUGAUGCUUGAUGAAUUUAAAAUACUAAUAAAUGAUUUUAAAAAUAAAUCAAGUUUAAUGUUAUUACAAAUAAAUGAUGAACAAGUUAAUAAUAAAAACAAUGCUGAUAUUAUUGAUAUACAUGAUGAAUCAUUAUGUAGUAUACUUGGUUUAUCACCAGAUACUUAUUUAAUAAACAGCCAAGUAUUUAAAAAAUCUGAUAAUUAUAAUACAAUGAUGUCAACAACAUCAGCAUCAACAUCAACAGCAGCAACAAAUGAACCACUUCAUAAAAAACAAAAAAUUAGUAAUGAUGAGUCUAAAGAAAACAGUGAAGAAAUAAUGUCAAGUGGUUUUUCUGAAAGCUCGGAUUUAAGUGCAUCUGAUUAUUUAAAUGAACGUAAAAAUGAUAAUACAAAUUGUCCAGAAGUAUUAACAGCAUUGACACUUAUGCCACGUAAUUCAAGUCCAAUUAUUAUUAAUAAUAAUAGCAGUAAUAAUAGUAAUAGCAACAGUAGUACUAGUAGUAGUAGUAGUAGUAAUAAAAUAUCAAAAUUAUUAAUAUCAAAUCCAGAAAUACAAGAUCAAAUAUCUGAUAAUCCUGGUUUUCAAAAAAUUGAUAUAAACUCAACAACAAAAAAUAUAACAAAAAUUGGCAAUGAUAUUGAUAUUCCAAAUCGUACAAAUGUAUUUAAUAAUAAAAUUGAUAAUAAUUAUCAAACAACAAAAUUAAAUACAACAACAACGGUACAACAAGAAUUUAUAAAAAUUGAACCAACAAUGCAACAGUGUUUUGUUAAACUUGAACAUGGCGUUAUAAAUACUUAUGAAAAAAAGAGUAAUUUCAUUAAAUUAAAUGGCUAUACAAAUGAUGACACACAAACAUUGCCAAAAGGCUUUCAAAAAUUAAUACCAAAUGGCAAUAAAAUUAUGACAAAUUUUAAAGUUGAAAAUAUUGAUAAUAAUGAAAAUAAUCAUAACAAUGAUAAAGAUGAUUUACCAAUAUUACGACAUAAUGACACAAAUAUAUUUAGUUGUCAUGAUAAUCUUGAUCAUUUGGAUAUAUUAGAUGAAAAACUGGUUGAUCUUGGUGAUCAAUCGAAUCUUGUUGAUGAAUUAGUUUCAGAGAGAUUUAAAAAUAUCAUGACUGAUAAUAUAUUAGGCAGUAAUUUAUUGCCAAAUGAUAAUAAUGUCGAUACUGAUCUUGAUUUUGAAGAAUUAAGUGAAGAAUUUAAUCGCAAUACUAGUUGAUUAUCCAAUCAAUUUAUUUAAAUUAUUUCAGUCUGUUUUUUUCAU